GAUGUUUUGACUUUUGACAUUGUUUUAGUGACAUUGACAUUAUGUACUGAGAAAUUGCGAUCUUGAAUUAAAUUCGCAAUUUAGAAGAAAAGAUAAAAAAUGUCCCUUGCUAAAAUCUUUUCAGUAUCAUCUCGAGUGCGAGCCUGUGCAAGCAGCACUCUCAUCCGCCAUGCGCAAUACAGCACGCCAAGUGAAGGCAGAGUGGAGAAGGUGUACCCACCGGAAGUGCCUGGUUACAAAUAUGUGAAUGCGGAGGACCAGGAUAUGAGCUUUAAGGCCAUGACUGACAGAGCCGCUCAGACAAUAUUCUGGACUGAGUUGAUUAGAGGUUUUGCUGUCACUUUAGCUCAUAUUUUCAAGGAGCCAGCGACAAUCAACUACCCCUUCGAGAAAGGGCCUCUCUCGCCCCGUUUCAGAGGAGAACACGCUUUACGGCGCUAUCCCUCUGGGGAGGAGAGGUGCAUCGCUUGCAAGCUGUGCGAAGCUAUUUGUCCUGCGCAGGCUAUUACAAUUGAAGCUGAGGAGCGCAAGGACGGUUCCCGAAGAACGACGCGUUAUGAUAUCGACAUGACCAAGUGCAUCUACUGUGGCUUCUGUCAGGAGGCGUGCCCCGUAGACGCGAUCGUGGAAGGACCCAACUUCGAGUUCUCGACCGAAACUCACGAAGAACUCCUCUACAACAAGGAAAAGUUACUUUCCAACGGCGACAAAUGGGAAAGCGAAAUAGCUGCUAAUAUUAAAGCUGAUCAUCUUUACCGUUAAAACUUUAGUUAUUGCCAAGUACUAAAAAUUACCCAUUUUGUGGGUAAUUUUUAGAACUUGGCAACACUAAGUAGAUCAAUCUGCGUCAUAUUUAUCCAGUGGAUAAAACGCUUAAAAUAGGGAUAAUAAAUUAUAUUGUACGAUAAAUCAA